GAAGAGAGAAUAUGGAAAACAUGAAAUUCAGAAAUGUUACAAAAUUUUUCCUACUACCAACCAUACUAAACGCCUUCCUCCAUGCAUGUAGCGGCGGCGCUGAUGACCCUACAGAUGGUUUCACCUCCGUCCCGUUAUCCGACAACAACUUCGAACUCCAGAGGCCAUACGAUGUACCACUCCAACAACGUUACACCUUCCAAAACGGAACUCACCGGAUGUGGGUUUACGCCGACGACAAGCCUCAUACUCCCACUAGCCAUACUCAACCCCGCACCGAAAUUCGCAUACGAGGGCUUGAUUACUCGUCAGGAGUGUGGCAAUUUGAGGGCAGUGUUUUCGUGCCCAAUGGGACAUCUGGGGCUACAAUUGUGCAGAUCCAUGGAGGAGCAAAAGGAGCAACAACGAUAUUGCUAAGGAUUUUUAAUGGGGACAUGAGAUAUUACAGUGGGGAAGUGAUUGCCAGAAAUUUGUAUGACAGGUGGUUUAGGGUUAAUCUGGUGCAUGAUGUUAAUGGAGGGAAGGUCAAAGUGUUCAUUAAUGGUAGCCAAAUCUUUGAGACCCAUGAUCAAGGUCCUGCAAAUUUGUACUUCAAGUGUGGGGUUUAUGCAGCCCCUGCUAAUAUUAGCUACUACAUGGAAUCAAGGUGGAAAGAUAUUAAAAUAUGGAGAAAGUGAAGUUGGGUGUCGUGGCUCUCUCUUACUGAUGCUAUUUAAGAGCUUAUAGUUUAUUUUUAAGCUACUAAUAUAAGCUUUGUUUGGUAAUGUUUAAAAAAUAAGACCUUAUUUUGAAAAGUUAUUUUAGGUAACUUUUCAAAAAUAAACUAGUAGAUUUUUAA